AUGUCCUCGCCGCAGGACCAGUCGUCUCUCUCGGCCUUCAUCAAACACCCGCUUCUGGAGAUCUUUAGCUUCGUCUAUGUUAUCUUCCAGACGGUCCUCAAUUGGGUCUUUGCGCCUGUUCCUCCACCGCCGACUUCAUCUGCCACCAGUCUCCCCAAGAAGCGUGUGGCCGUUAUCGGUGCCGGUCUAACUGGAGUCUCGUCUGCUGCUCAUUGUGUUGGACAUGGCUUCGAUGUGCAGCUCUUCGAGAGUCGCUCCAAGGAGAAGGGUCUGGGUGGUAUCUGGAGUAGAGUGAACUCGACAUCCUCGCUCCAGAUUCACAGUCUCAUGUACCGAUUCCAUCCUUCCGUGCGAUAUGAUACGGCCUAUCCGACACAACAGGAAAUCCGCGACCAGAUCAUUGGGGUGUGGAAGCGCUAUGGCCUGCAGAACCGGACCGUAUUCGAUACCAAGGUCACAUCUGUGAAACAAGCAAAGGAUGGGAAAUGGAUCAUCAACGACAAUGAAAAAGAAUACGGACGUUUCGACGGCAUUCUAGCCACGGUGGGUGUCUGUGGUGACCCUAAGAUGCCGACUCUCCCCGACCAAAGCAAGUUCAAAGGCGGCCUGUUCCACUCGUCCGAUCUCGAUGGCAAGCACGUCAAGGGCAAGAAAGUGCUCGUGGUUGGCGGUGGUGCCAGCGCCAUCGAAGCACUCGAGUUCGCUGCCAAGUCGGGUGCCCGUGAGAUUGAUGUCCUGUCUCGUUCGGACAAGUGGGUGAUUCCGCGAAAUAUCUUCGUGCAGUCUUUGUUGGCCAUGAACAUCUUUGGGCAGGAGACUACCCUCUCAUGGGUUCCCGAAUGGUUGCUUCACAAGCUCUUCUACCGUGACAUGCAGGACAUUGCCCCGUCUGGAGGUCUCUUUACGCAGACGCCCAUGGCCAACUCGGAGCUGUUCGACUUGAUCCGGGAAGGUCACGCGCGCUGGCUCCGUGGUGACAUUCUUCAGGUCCAGGAAAAUGGAAUUCUCUUCAACCACCGUACCCAAGGUGUUCCCAAGGGUGGUCCUGGCCGCGAAUCGGUCGUGACGGGUGAUGUGAUCAUCUUGGCCACGGGUUUCAAGCGCCCUUCUCUCAAUUUCUUGCCGGACGAAGUCUUCGAAGAGCCCUAUGGGCCGCCCAGUUGGUAUCUUCAGGUCUUCCCGCCCAAGUACACCAGCAUCUGUGCCAACAACAGCACCUACGUCGAUGCCAUUGGUACCGUGGGCAACAUGCAUAUUGGCAUUUACACUCGGUUCCUUCUAAUGUUCUUGGUUGAUCCGUUGUCGCAACCGACAGAGGGACGUAUGAAGACCUGGAUUGACUGGACUCGGCUCAUGAAACGGUUCUCCCCGACAGGUGCCUUUGACUUCUUCACCUACUCGGAGCUUAUCUACUGGUUCCUGUUUGUGAUCUUGGUCAAUCCUUUCCGGUGGAAGUGGGCGCCAUUUGUCCUGUUUGGUGUCGGCCGGGCUCUUCCUAUGGAAGUGGUUAAGCGGGAAGAGGCCCUUCGCAAGACCUUGAGAAAGCAACGGUGA